GACUGCACGAAAUAAACGGUCACUCCCACCUCGCUCUUCACUUCCAACACUCGCUUCUCAUCAAUCUCUUUAACACUACACGCUCCUCAAUAGAACCAACUGCAUAUUUGCCAAAAAUGCCCGCUAUGAAACGCAAGUCCGACGGCACUGCCGAAGUCGCUAGCAAGCGUUCAAGAACCAACCCACCUGCAUCAGCGCAAGUUCCAUACACCAAAGGUGAGCUUGAUGCCAUGUCCAAAGAAGAAAUUGUAGCGUAUGCACUCGAGUUACAAGGCCAACUCGCUUCAAUGCCAGGAAGAGUGGAGUUAUCCAAGGACGAGGUCCAGGAGAAGGCGCACAAAGCGGCAGUCAUGUUAAUCAAGGGAAUCGAGAAGUUGAUGACGUGGAAGCCGUCGUGCAAGACUGGCACAGCAAGAUUCACAUACGGGGCCUCCAUCCGGGACGAGGCUGUCUUCAAACGCAUGCUCAAGCUACCAGAGAGUCAUAAGAAGAAGAUGUUCAAGAUGCCCCUGCAUGAUUUCUACGACAACGUUGGCCAUCCCAGAGGGAAGGUUCGCUAUUCCAUUCUGCGCAUGUCAGGGAGCGACGUCAAUAUCAGGUGGGAUCCGGAAGAGUGCCACUUUAAGGUGUCUGGGACGUACGGCAACUAAGUAUGCACAAGACUUGAAAAAUGGUGGCGUAGACACGACCAUCAAAGGUGGCAGUGUAAGCUUGAUUGCGCACGUAGAGGGCUGAGAUAGGGAUCCAGCUAGCGAUGGUUGUACUUGCGCGAACGUAGAUGGUACGAAACCUCAGGCAAA